GUGGAGAUUGUAGUAUUAUUUAAUUGUUCCAAUCAUGUUGCUGUGUGAGGGUCAUCAAGAAUAAGGUGGUUUAUUUUUGUUAAGUUUUAGGUCGUGCGAGGAGACCACACGGAAACCAUCGAACGUGUUGUGGCGACACUGACUGGAAUCGUAGCCAUUAUUUACUAGCGUGUUUAUAACGUGAAAUUCCAUUUGACAACUCGAGAAAAAUAUCGGUGGAAAAACUUUCGCGAUCGAGAAAAUCCGUUCGCGCUCUCCACUGGGAGGACCUUCCAGGAUGUUCGAGUGUCGGUCCACGAAGGAAAUGCUUAAAUGAUCAUCGCCGGCAUCUAGAUUUUCAUCCACUGUCCAUCAUCGUUUCCCUCAUAUCUAUACAGUGAAAAUGGCGAGAGCCCAUCAUAACUUAUGAACACCAGUAAAUCUUUAAUUAUGAUUUAAUGUCACAUAAAAACUAUCAGUCAUGUCUAGAGGUUAUGGUAAAUACCGUCGGGGGAAUUACCACAAUGCCAGUUUCCAAUUUGAUAGUCUGUUUAAAGAGAAUAGUAACAGGCCCUCGGCUGCUCGAUCCACAGGAACUGUUGGCAAAUGGGGCAUUACAUCUUUCACCAGUAUUAGAACUAUCAAUGGUUUAAGUCAUGAAAAUGAAAAGGCAGCAGCUGCUCCAGUUAUCCAGGAGACCAGCGUGCCGAAGCCCAAGAAGUUCUUCAAGAGCAGAAACUCUGACAAUCCGGAGCCUCAACAAACUUACAACGAGCGGUCGGAUGUGUCGUAUGGGAAUCCAAGCAAGAAGGCUAGGGUGGAGAAGUCGCCGAAAUCUACGUCGAAGCGGUUCUUCGGAUCGAAAUCACCGAACGAGAAAGCCGUAUUGACAGCGAACAACAAGCGAGCAGAGAAACCUCCAAUAGUGUUACGCAUAUAUCGUGGUAAAUCACAAUUGGUCAGUGAUUCUGAUGAGUCUGAGAGCACGCCCACUCCUUCCUCCACGCCUGUACCCUCAACAUCCACCGUAACUUCACCGAGAGCGCUGCGAGAUUCUUCACAGAAGUCACCUAGUCACGGCAGGAUCACCAGGUCCACGAGGCGGAGCAUGCAGCAGGAUCCCAGCAGCAGCCCCGCCACUGCCGACACCGCCAUCGACUCGUUCUCAUUAUUCACUUCACCCAGGAACGAUACAGACCUCUCACCACAGUACAUACCAGCGGAGAAGUACGAAGUGGAGCGUAAGGCCAUGUACGAUAAUUUGUUGGGCAAUUUUGAUCAGUCCCAGAACGUCGAGAAUGAGUCUCCCAACAUCGAUUUACCCCCGAGAGAGACUACAGAGCAAAUGGAUGAGACCACGAUCAAAGAUGAUAACGAACUAUUCGCCGACGAUAAAAUAUAUAAAGAGAAGGAACCUGGUGACUCAUCUCCUGUCCACGAAUCAGAGUUCGAUGAAGAGAUGCACAUAGACACCUUCUCUAUUACAAAUAACCAAGAGGUAAAUGAAGAUGUAGAUCAGGAACAACAUGAGUCAGAGGAGGAGCAGCAGGAGGAAAUGCAAGAUGAAGAGGUUGAAAUGAUGGAGGAGAGUAUAGAAUCGAUUUCCAAGGAAAUCCAUCAAGCUCCAGUUAUGGACGAACAACCCCUCGAGGAGGACGAAGAAGAAGAGGAAGAAGAUGAACCUGAAGAAGUUCCGGCCGCUAUUGAAGAGCCUGCGAGUAAUCUGAAUAACUUAGAACAAGUCGAGGAGCAAACUAAUUCAGCGAGCGGUAAAUUGGAGGACGAAUGGUCGACGGGCUCGGACAGCGAUGAAGCAGAGGUGCCGACUAUGCGCGAAACGAGAUCCCAGAAGAGUCCAAACAAGAAACCAGCGACGAUCGAGGAUCACAAAGAGGAAAUCCUGGAUAAGAUCUUGGAGAAACCAGAGAAUCCGGUGCCUGUGAAGUUGGUGAUCUCCAAGAAGAAAGGCAGCAUCUUCAAGAGUCGCAGUUUAGUUGCCGAUAGUACGAAGAAGCGGAGGGAGAAGUUGUAUAAACACAAGUGGAGUGAUGAUAAUAAGGACGUGAUUCAGAAGACUGGUGAAGGUACGACGACUAGUGAGACCGCGAGUGCGUCCGUCUACGACGACGAUGAGUGCUUUAAGGAUGACCCCCUAAUGAUGGUUGUAAAGGAGGUGGAUGAUGAUUCCAGCGUUACCAGUGUGAAGUGCACCAAGAGUGAUAAAGGAUAUUACACGGUAGUGAGAAACGUUAAGAAGGCCCAUCAAAUGCAGGAGAUCGGCGAGUUCCAGGAGUUCAACGACGACGUUGAAUACAUUCUGGAUGCGCUGCAGGACAACAACCCCAUUAGCACCAGGUGCCUUUCUGCUAUUACUUUGGCAUCAAAGUGUAUGGCACCUGCAUUUAGAAUGCACGUUAGGGCUCAUGGUACUGUGGGGAAGUUCUUCAAGGCGUUACACGAUGCGACUAGGGAUCAAAGUUUAGGAUUAUGUACGGCUACUGUGAUGUUCGUGUUGAGUCAGGAUCGUCUGAACAUGGAUUUAGAUAGGGAUUGUUUGGAAUUGAUGCUAAACUUGCUGGAAUCAGAUGUGAGCUAUCAGCAGGCAUUGGACGUGUGCGGUCUGAGCACGGCGCAACUCGAGAAGAACAAGCAGAAGGUGCGUGAGCUGUGCGCAGAAGUUCAGAGUCAGGGACAAGCGAUGCACCUGAAUUUGGACAACAUCACCGUUGGACAACUCGCGAUGGAGACGUUGCUCAGUCUGACAUCGAAGAGAGCCGGAGAGUGGUUCAAGGAGGAAUUGAGGGAGCUUGGCGGGUUGGAACACAUUAUGAAGACGAUAUGCGAGUGCUGUCGUCAAGUUUCCGACUACGUCGUUUCCUGGACUGAUGCGCUUCUCGAUAAAUUGCGCAAAGUGGAUAGAUGUUUGCGAGUUUUAGAAAACGUCACGCAUAACAAUGAGGAAAACCAAACGUACCUGUUAAAAUAUAAAAAUGGAAUUCUGCUAGACACAUUAGUGAAGUUGUACAGGCUCUGCGAUUCCGAGAUCCCGCUUUAUCCUGUCACAGAUAUAACGGACAAGGAGUCGGCUGGAGCUGUGAUUAGAGAAGCCCUGCUCGUCACUUUGAAAGUGCUGAUUAAUCUGACCCACCACUUCAACAAGCAAUCCAUGGGUAGUACACUGAUUGGAGAGAGGCCAGGUAUCAUCGACGCCAGUCUGCAUCUUCUGCUGCAAGUGCCUCAUUAUAUACCGGAUCAAAAGAAAUUCGAGCUAGGAGUUUUGGUACUUAUGUUAUUGAUCAACUUGAUACAAGACAACGAUUGCAACAAAAAGCUGCUGAUUGGCGCGAAGGCUCCAGCAGAAUUCGAAAGUAUAUUUCCAUGUGAUAAGACUGCAGUAGAAGCUUUAAUUGUACAAUUUCACCAAUGGGAGGAAUGCGCGCGGGUUGCGGAGAAGCGCACGGAUGCAAUCCUGGACGGAGAAAAGGAUGGCGAAGCGGCCACCCAACCGAAAACAAAUGAAGAAUUCAUCGAAGAGACUGUUGCAAAACUGCUGCAAAAGGCGGGUACGCAUAUGGAGUUCACAUUCUUAGCGUCGUAUCUGGUACUUCUGCUCGGCUACCUCAUAAUGGAUAGCGAGGAGAACAAGCUGAUCGUGCGGAAGUUCCUGAAGGACAACAACUUCUCGGUAAUGGUGGAACUGCUGAAGAAGUUCUUCAACUUCAUGAAUCUUACUGCUUCGACGGAGGCGUCCAGCGUGUGCGCCAUCAAGGCGACCGAGAAGGUGAUCAAGUUCCUGGAGGACUGCGACAAACCUCCGGAGCCGCAGGAGACCGCCACUACUGCAACCACGUACAGUAGGGAAUGCAUGGAUCUCAGUUUCUCGAUAACACAUUAAACAUAUUGUGGCGGCGGUCGAGGCGACGCCCGGUUUGUACAAUUGUUUCUUAGGGAAUUAUUAAUAAAUAUAUAUUGUUACUAUUAUUUUAAGCGACGUAAAAAAACACGAGACACCACAGACAC